UGUCAUUCCAACUCAAUCUUCUUCCAAUUUGAACCACACAAAAACAAGUGGAAAAAUGAACUAGAAAAAAAAAAGUAGAUAAACCUCACAUUGAAGAAGUGGUUGAAGUUGUCAACCAUUGCAAUGGCUACCUCAUCAACAAAAUUGCCAUCAUCAUUCAUCUUAGGAACCCCAUCACUUCACUCUACAAACAACAAACUUUUGUUCCUUCAAAAUCAUACCUUGAAUACAUCAGCACUUCACAAAAAGAGACUUUCCUUCACUGUUCAAGCUGUCAAGCCCCCUUCUGGUGUUGAAUUUCCUAAAGUAGAGCCUAAAUUUAAACCUCCAUUUCUUGGGUUUACAAAGACUGCUGAAAUAUGGAAUUCUAGAGCUAGCAUGAUUGGACUCAUUGGAGUUUUCAUUGUAGAGCUUAUCAUCAACAAGGGAAUACUUGAGGUGAUUGGAGUUGAAAUUGGAAAAGGCCUUAAUAUUCCUCUUUAAUCAUUCAUUUCACUUUGUUCAUAUAUAAUGUCACAUAUAUUCAAUUUUAGCUUCAUUUUUUAAUGGUUUCAAGAACAUGUUUUCUCAUUACUAGUCAUUUGGCUGCAUGACUAGAUCUAUUUCUGUUAUUUAAAACUUUGGCUUAUGAAAUUCCAAUGCAAUUGUGACUGGAGUGUUGGUUGAUUUAGUUCAUGGAACUCUAUUAACUUGGUAUUGAA